GCGGGGCUGUGUCGAAAGUGCGGAGCGCAGCGCGCAGGCGCCGCCGCCGCCCCGGGCCGUGGAACAAAGGGAGCGCGGCCGCGGAAGUACAAAUAUAAUGUCAGGUGGCUGAAAAUUUGACUAUCAAAAUGUCAAAAAGGCCAUCCUAUGCCCCACCUCCCACCCCAGCUCCUGCAACCCAAAUGCCCAGCACCCCAGGGUUUGUGGGAUACAAUCCAUACAGCCAUCUGGCCUACAACAACUACAGGCUGGGAGGGAACCCGGGCACCAACAGCCGGGUCACGGCUUCCUCUGGUAUUACCAUUCCCAAGCCCCCCAAACCCCCAGACAAGCCCCUGAUGCCCUACAUGCGGUACAGCAGGAAGGUGGGUAUUGCCGUGUCCGUCAGUAAUAAAGUCAGUGUUCGUUUUUCCCUCCCUGUGGCACUGAAGCAGUUCCCCCCGGGCUCUGUUGCAGACUACGACGAUGGGUUCUCCAUGAAGCACACGGCCACGGCGCGGUUCCAGCGCAACCACCGGCUCAUCAGCGAGAUCCUCAGCGAGAGCGUGGUGCCCGACGUCCGCUCCGUGGUCACCACGGCCAGGAUGCAAGUCCUGAAACGCCAGGUUCAGUCCUUAAUGGUUCAUCAGCGUAAACUCGAAGCUGAGCUGCUGCAAAUUGAGGAGCGUCACCAGGAAAAGAAGAGGAAGUUUUUGGAAAGCACAGAGUCCUUCAACAACGAGCUUAAAAGGUUAUGCAGCUUGAAGGUGGAAGUGGAUAUGGAAAAAAUUGCAGCUGAGAUUGCCCAGGCUGAGGAACAGGCUCGCAAGAGGCAGGAGGAAAGGGAAAAGGAAGCAGCUGAGCAAGCCGAGCGCAGUCAGAACAACCUGGCAGCUGAGGAGGAGCAGGCAGCCAGCAAGGGGGAGGAGAAGAAGGAAGAGGAGAGCACUCCGAUGGAGACAGAGGAGCCUCACGCGGAGGAGAGCGCGGAGAACCAGCAGAACGGUGAGGAGGGGACCUCCACCCCCGAGGACAAGGAGAGCGGGCAGGAGGGCGUGGACAGCACGGCCGAGGAGGGGACCAGCGACAGCAACACGGGCUCGGAGAGCAACAGCGCGACCGUGGAGGAGCCGCCCGCAGACCCCACGGCCGAGGAGGGCGACAAGAAGGAAUAACCACUGUGUCUGUAAUGAAGUACUGUGUGAUCUCAGAACGUGCUCCGCGGCUGUUGUACCUUCCCUGCCUCUGUCACUUGUCUCCAAAGGAUCCCCGGGGGUUGAUGGCACGUCAGGUUACCAGUGUAGCGAUGUGAGGGGCCCUGUAGAGGCACAGGGUGUCCUGCAGCAGGCAGAAAAGGAACCUCAUGUGUCUAGGCACGGCUGUUGCAGUGUGGAGAGGGGCUUAUAUCACUUGGAAUUCUUCCCUAGAAAGACAGAUUUGGGUUUAGUUUUGGUUUUAGGUGAGAAAUCAGGCCUUCUCUCUUCCUUCUCGUUCCACAGCCGCAGUGACUGGCAGUUUUUCCAAAGGCCCUUCCUGUCCCUGUGUGGCAGCAGUGAGCUGCAGGUGUGUCUCACCCAGGCAGCAGCCCUGACUUGUCUGCACAACUGAGGCAUUUAAAGCUGAUGUUACUUUGGAGCAAAGGCCUGAUGUCACCUGGAGCCUCUCCUCAUCCAGCAGUCCGCUGUGUCCCACCGCUGCUGCGCUCUGUGCCAGCCCAGGGCAAGUUCUGCUGCAGCUGCCCUGCUCUUUGCUUUGAAAGAAGGCUUUCAGUCCUCAGGAGCAGCUCUGGAAUGAGGCUGAAAGGUGGGGUUUAGGGGGUUUUCGGUGUAACUUAGUUGUUUUUCUAGAGGAGCUGCUCUACAGUGAUGGAAAGUUGCUCGUGGUCUGCGUGCAGCGUGUCAGGAGAUCCAGCUCCAAAGGACUCAGUGUAGUCUUGCAGUAAAUGACACAUCUUCAGGGAUUUUUUCCUGUGGUGCAGGAUUCCUUUCAGCAAGCCUUUGCUUUUCUUUACCAAUUAACUCCUUUUUUUGCUACCAAGAGACCCUGGUGUGGCCUCAGCCAGAGCCCUGGCACAGUACAGAGCAGGAGAGCGUUUAAACACGCACAUGUUCUCUGAGCAGACAGUCACUGAUACGGCACAAAUGGUAAAAAAAUAGUAGUUUUGCUUGUCAUGAGCUUUCAGAACCUCUGGGAACUACAAGAAAAGGCCACAAUUUGCCCUAUAUAAGCAAAAGCCCUAAAAAAAAGAAAAAAAUACAUUUAAUUGCAACAAAAGCUCCAGGCAACUUUUUGACUUUACAACUGA